AUAAAAGAAAAAAAAACAAACUUUUAUUUGGUGCUUGUGCUUCGAUUUUCAGCGAUAGAGGCGCUAGUGUCGUUUUAUGAUAAUCAACUGAAAUAACAUACAACAAUGUCAGACGAGGAAGUAAUUCGUCGAAGGUUGCUAAUCGAUGGCGAUGGUACAGGCGACGAUCGCAGAAUCAACGUCCUGCUAAAAUCGUUUAUGAAAUGGGUAAACAAUCCAGACUCUGACAAUAUUUUGCACGAGAGAAUGCUCUGUCAACUCGCUCAGUGUGAGUUUGCACAGAAAAAAUCGCGGUUUGUUUCCAGUAUGAGCCAAGAAGAGUUGAGAAAUUAUGAGGAACUUUCCAAAGAAAUCGAAAUUGAAAUCGAGGAAGCCAAAAAAGAUAUUGAGCAGACGAAAAUCGAAUUAGAGGAGGCAAAACGCGUUCGUAAAAAUAGGAUAGAGUAUGACGUAUUGGCUAAGGUUAUUAACGAACAACCUGAUCGUGUAGAAACUAAUGCGAAACUUGAUACAUUACGAGAUGAAUUGGGAAGCCUAAAGGAGAAAUCUGAACAAUUAGAACGCAAAUUGGAAAUGAGAAGGAAGCAAUUCCAUGUGUUGAUAUCUUCGAUUCAUUCGUUGCAAGGAAUGUUGGAUGAAGUCGAUGAAGAAAUAAUGGACGUGAGUCUGGAAAAUUACGAGGAUACAGACGUUGUAAAGUCUCCAAAAAAAGAAACAUUAGAUGUUUUUCACCUAUUCGAUACAAUGUUAGAGACCAAAUCUACCGGUUUAAAAGACACCGAUCCAGAGAAAAAAGUUUCGUUUCUAACAGAACUUUUAAAAACAGAAAGUUUAGACAGUAAUUUGUUGAAAUUACUUUACCAGUUCCUACUGACCUUCGACUUUGAAGCCACUGCAAAAUGUUUACUAAAAGAAGCAAAUAAAUUGGGUUACAAUAAACUCGAUGAAAGUUUUUCUCCUAAAGAUGCAAUCUCAGAAGAUGUGUGUAGCAAAAUUUUAUCAGAAUUUAGGUCAAAAGAUUGGAAACUUUUUUUCAAGUUAUGGAAUGACUCUAUACCCGAAAGUAUAAAAUCAACUAUAGAUUAUAAAACCCUCACUAUGAAAUUGAGAGUUCAUUUCGCUAUUUUGCCCAUGCGAACAGAACAAUCAAAAAAGUUUAGCGUAAAGAAAAUGCAAAAUGAUAUUUACGAAACUGAAGACAGUUUAGAAAGUGAUCCAGAUGUUGAGACUGCUCAAGACGCUCAAAAGGCAGCAAGCAUGAAUCAACUCGAACAAUAUUUAAAAACUGAUGGAAGGAAUUUAGUAAACUAUAAUUCCUUUAUUCCAUUUUUUGCCCUUCCCUACAUGGAAAAUCCAAUAAAUGAUUCUACAGUUUCGCAUAUUUUUUCCACAAGUUGGGUCGAUGAUUUGACCGUGACCCUUAAAAUAUUUCUCGUGAAAAAUAGAGAGAUCGUUACUCCAAGAAAAAGUCACCCACCAUCGCCAAAUACAUCUAAAAAAUCAUUAACAAUCCCAAACAGCAUUUUGUACAACGAAGACCAAAUUGAACAGAAUUUAAAAAUUCUCGAUUCACUCGAUUUUGAAGAUACAGAAACAAGAAAAGGACACUCCAUUGUUUCCCUGAAAAACGAAAGAAUAGAAUCUCUAAAAACACAUCUGGAAUGUUUGAGAAACGAUGGCAUGCAAAUUAUUCCAAAUGAUAGAGAUAUACCAGUUUUCUUCGAGGAAGAGGAACCAGAGGAGGAAUUUCCUUACGAAAGAAAAACGACAGUCCAAAUUAAAAGCACGCAAACGAGGAUCCAAGGAAUUAAAAAUACGACAAAUUUAUUAGCAACAGAUGAAUUAUCACAACCUGUAAGGGUCGUUGAUCCAAAAAUUUUGUUCAGAACUCCUAAAAAGUCUCAGAAAAAAUACGAGGAGCAUUGGGCUUGGACGAUGAGCCGUUUUCAAAAUGUUCAUGGCAAUUAUCAGAGAUUAAAAAUGCGAUUUUAUCAGCUUCAUUCAGAUUAUCAUAAAUUGACUGAAGUUGCCGGAGAAUUAACGAGAGCUCUCGAAAAUUCAGUGCGUGGGAAUCCUGUGAGUUUACAACGAAUUUUGGAAUCCUGCAUACUAAUUUUUCCGGAUCUGUUCAAUAAGAGUUUGAGAGUCGAUUCAGAAACCGAAUUAUUCAAAUCUGUGGACGAAGUCUCGAAAAAUCGAAUGAAAAUAACACAUCGGCUCGAUUCCACGCCUCUCUCUCCAAAAUCAAUCGACUUUAAAAAAAUCAAAUUGCAUCUAGCGUGUGGAAGUUUAAAGACCAAGCUUUUGCUUCUCCAAGCAUUGAGAUGGAAAAUAACUCUGAGUCAACAGGGAGAAAGGGACGAAGUGAUUCAUGAAUAUAUUAAGAACGAUUUGCUCGAAAUUCGUGGAAAUAUUGCAAGCAGUACUGGGAAACAGAUUUUGCCUUAUAUUUUGUAUCCAAUAGAAGGACCAAGAGAAUUUUUUUUAGAACAGUCAGCUGCUAGAUUUUUAAAUACUCUCGCAUCUUUGAGAUGUGGUCGAGAUUAUUUGUCAAUUGGAACUACAAUUUUGAAUGCAAUUGUUGAGUGUCUAAAUAGCACUAAUAAUGAUGCUUAUACAUACGAUAUGCUACUUGCGAUGUUGCAAAAAUUGUCAGUUAGAAAACAACAGAGGCUGAAUAUGAUAGAAGCUGGUUUAGUUGAAUGGCUAAUUCAUCAUUUAAAUGUCGAUGGUUGCAAAAUGAGUCCGUACAGGUUAAAAUAUAUCACAGCUCUUUUGAUGAAUUUAUCAUUGCAUAGUAAAGCACAAAAUAAAGUUUCUUCGGAAGCUCAAUUAGUUAUUUCUUUAUUAACUGAUCUGUUGUUAACUGAGCAUCAUGCUGCUCUGCCAUUUAUUAGUGGGGCACUUAGUAAUUUUUUACUAAAUCGGAAUAUAAACGAAGAAGGAAAAAAAUUAGGUCUGGAAUCUGUUUUAAAGUAUUACCGGAAACGCAGUUCCGCAGAAACGAGAGAAUAUUUGGAUCAUAUUAUCAAAUUACAUAAUCGUGAAGAUGCGGAAAUUGUUGAACCCGCAGAAAUGAGUGACAAUGAUAAUGAUGAAUAUGAUCUGAUAGAAGAUGAAUUAGAUGAAGAUGAUCCAGUGCAGAAUGAAGCUGGAGAACUGGCUGGAGAAAUGUUUCUGGCUUCGUUUUACUCCCUUUCUGCAAAUUCAUUUUCGAGUUCGGUAGAAAAAUUGGAUUCUCAACAUGGAGGUCUGCAGCAGAUUCUUCAUAAUCGAGAAAUGAUAUCAAGAUUUUCAAAAGCAAAGAAUCAAAUUCGGCUGAGACCUAUUUAUAAAAAAUCAUGUGUAGAAGAAAACUAUAAGAGAAUAGAUUCUUCUGAAUAUUCUUUGACUCAAGGAAAUAGUAGUAUGAUAAACCUGAUUGAAUACACAUCACUAGAAAAUUUCAAACAAACAGAACCGAAUUUUAAUUCUUAUUCCCCCCCUCUGCAUGAUGUUACUACAUUGUACAGACAAAAGCAUUCAACAAAAAAAUCUCGAAUUUUGGAUUCAAAUUCUAAAAGCAGUUUCCAAAAUCAAAAUUCAAAAUAUAGUUACGAAACCUCUGAUGGAAUCUCCAAGGAAAAGAUCAAAAUGACGAUGAAUUCUUCUUCAACUAUUACAUCCGCCAAUGUUAGCCUACAAGAAGAAGCUCCAGAUGUACUCAGCAGUAUCGCUUUUCUGGAAGAAUCUGGAAUAAUAGAAAGCAAUUUAAAAGAAGAAGAAGCCUUCAUCGCGAAACCAAAGUUGCAAAGGACGCCACCACAUACGACAAAGUUAAAGAACGUUACAUAAAGAAUUUUUUUUUAAUUCUUGCAAAUAUUUAGAAAUCAAAUUCCUUACUAUAGGUUGUCUAUAAAACUGGGAAUUAAAUAGAAAUACAAAUUCGUGUCGGGAAUCACAUUUAAAGUAUAGAAAAUCUGAAUUUUGAUAGAUUUCAUCAGAAUACAAAUUUUAUUUGAAUAUUUCUGGCAACAUUUUAAAUGAAUUUUUAUUUGGAAAAAUUUAUUUGAAGAGAAUAUUUGAAAACAAUCCGAACAAUUUGCAAAAUUUUUAAAACAGAAUCCGGCAUAUUUU